CUAGGCGCUGAUCGUUGGCACAUGGCACGAAUAAAAAAUUAUUUAUUAUAGAAAUUAAAAUAUUUUUUUUUCAUAUUAAAAAUUAAAAUAUUCAACAAUCAGUUUUUAAUUACUCACCAUUCUGUUGUUGGUUGAAAAAGAAUAUGGAAAUACGUAAUGGAUGUCACUAAGUACAAUCUUAAUACUAGUUAUUUUUUUUUAAUGUUCUCAUUGUACACGAGUUCUGACUAUAAACCAUUUGAAAAUUUUAAUUAUUAUUUUUCAAUUAUCUAAUUCAUAUCUAUUUCCACUUCAAUUAUUUUUCAAAUGUAUUCAGCUAUGGAAUCAAUAAUUCCAAAUGAAAAUUCUGAGAUGAUAAUUGAAAAUGUACAAGAUUGUCAAGAAAGUCCUAAACGUAUCAAAUAUACAUUAAGACAUACAAAGACAUCAUGUUUAAUUGAUGACACUUCAAACAAAAAAAGUCAUUUCCAAGGUAAGAUAGGCUGUGAAUUUUGUCAUAAAACAAAAACAGAAAAUGUGUAUAUACCUUCAGAUGCUCAACCCGAGUGCAUUGUUUUAGCUAAUGAAGUUUUGGCUAAUAUUUUUACUGAUAAUUUUAAUAUUAUUCAACACAACCUUAUAAAUUAUAGUAUUUAUGAUGAAAAUAGACACAUGUGCGCAAUAGAUUCUGGAAUGAUGGAGAGAAAUGUAAAGCUGUAUAUAACUGGCUAUGUAAAACCAAUUUAUAACCAUAGUUUAAGUAUAGAAGAUGGAAUUGCAGGUAUGGCGGGACCAAUAUUAGAAUGGUGGUUAUCGUCUUAUGAUGGAGGUGCUCAGGCAUUAAUAGGUAUAAACACUGAAUAUGCUGAUUACCUAUUAAUAGAACCACACCCUAAUUAUAAAAAAUAUAUGACUUCUGUGAUUGAAAAGAUAAAUCUGAGCAAAAUAGUAAUUGAAAAAAUAUUAGACAAUCAUGAAUCUGAUGAUUCAACUUAUGAAGAUAUUUUAAAUUAUGUUGUAACAUCUAUAAAUCCAGCAACAGGUAAUAAAUUUUCAGAAGAUGAUCUUAUUACUCAUGCACAGUUUGUACUCGAUCAAGUAACAGACUAUGACUUAACUGGUAUGUAUGAUUUUCCAUUAUCAGAGACUCAGUUUAUUGAAACGUUGACCCAACUAUCAGGAGCUGCAAAAUCUGUUAAUGCACCAACCAGAAGAUUAGGUAGAUUGGGACAAGGAACUACGUGCAUUAAAACUGAUUUCAGUCAACGAAAGUUCAGUAAAGCCACUACAACAGAGCUGGUGAAAGAUGUGUUUGAAAAUGUGUUUGCUGCUCAAUUAGAUAUAGAUGAUAAUCAAAGUGAAGAAACAAUGAAUAAACUUGUAAAGAAUGUAUUUGAUAAUGUAUGUGAUGGAAAUGUUAAUAAUGAUCUAUCAGACAUCAAUUGUGUUGAGCAUCAAGUGAUGUGGAAUGAUAAAAAACUCUGUAAAAAAAUGUUUGUUGUUGUCAAAAAAAAUGCCUCAAAAAUACCAUUAAUAGGACGCAUAGAAUAUUUUUUUAAUACAACAUUUAUAAUGAAGGCCCAUAUUCAGCUCUUUAUGCAUAGUUAUGAAACUGUGUUAGGUGAAACAGCAGACCCUCAAGAAAUAUUUGCUCUCAAAAAAUGUAAAAACAUAGAUAUUAAGAAUGUAGUCAAAAUAAUUGAUGUUGUACAAAAAAUACCUAGCAAAAAUUGGUUUAAGCUUGGUAAUUCAAAAUUACAAGAUCUCUUAGAACCUGUUAACCGCCAAAAUAAAAAAUCAUUUUUUUAUCAAUUACAAUAUGAUGACACAUAUGGACGAUUCGAGUAUCCAAAGCCUGAAGAACCAAUUACUGUUAUAAGAAAUGAAUAUUGUAGUAAUUGUGAAUUUAUUGAUUUGGAAAACAAAUCAAAAGAACCUGAAUUACUAGAAUUCAUUGAAAAAGAAAAUGGUAUUUUGUAUUUUUAUAAAUUUAAAUUAUUAAAUGAAGAGUAUAAAGUUGGUAAUUUUAUAUACCUAUUACCUGGUACAUUCUCAGCAGCUACUAGAUCAAAUAUGAUAGAAGAAGAAGAAUAUGAGUUAAUAGAUACAAAUAAAAAUACAAAUAAUCAAGAACAAAAAAUUAUUGAUGAAACCGUGUAUUCUGAGUAUUAUCGUAAAACACUAGAAAAUACAAUGCGUGGUUCUAAUGAAACUACUCCAGAUCCAUUUGAUAUUGCAGAGAUAUUAGCUAUUUAUUUUAUUGAUCGUGUUGGUAAAAAAGUCAAUUUAAUUGUACGUCGUAUGUAUAGAGCUGAACAAAUUCUUUUAGAAGAUUUUGCUAGAAAUGCAGAUAUGAAUAUGUUAUUUUGGUCAGAAGAAGAGUUUAGGAUCACAUGUGAAUAUAUAUGUGGUAAAUGUUAUGUUUCCUGUGGAAACAACAUUCAAGAUCCACUUGUAUGGUCUUCGCGUGGACCAGAUCGAUUUUAUUUCACAAAAAAAUAUGAUUCUGUAACUGAUUCUAUUGUUCCUGAGUAUAAACUUCCAUGUGAAGCUAAACUUAUUGGAAAAGAAGUAUAUGUUAAUAAUAACUAUAAGUAUGUGGAUGAAGAUAAAUUACAGUAUAUACCAUCAUAUAAAAAAAUCAAACCCCUCAGAGGACUUGAUAUAUUUGCUGGCUGUGGCGGUUUGUCUAGAGGCUUAGAAGAUAGUGGUCUUGUUAUAAGUAAUUGGGCCAUUGAAUGUGAUGAUUUAGCUGCAGGAGCAUUUAAAUUAAACAACCCAGAGUCAACUGUGUUUGUUGAAGAUUGUAAUCAUUUAUUGAAAUUAGCAAUGUCUGGAGAAAAAACAAAUAGUAAAAAUCAAAACAUACCACAAAAAGGUGAAGUUGAUUUUAUUUGUGGAGGUCCCCCUUGUCAAGGGUUUAGUGGAAUGAAUAGAUUCAAUUCUGGUCAAUAUUCAUUGUUCAAGAACUCUCUGAUUGUUUCAUUUUUAUCAUAUAUUGAUUUCUAUCGUCCAAAAUAUUUUGUCAUGGAAAAUGUUCGAAAUUUUGCAUCAUUUAAAAAUAGCAUGAUCCUUAAAUUGACUCUAAGAUGUAUCACACGUAUGGGCUACCAAUGUACAUUCGGUAUUCUACAAGCUGGUAACUUUGGUGUACCUCAAACUAGAAGAAGGUUAAUCAUUAUGGCAGCAGCUCCUGGUGAAACAUUACCAUUUUACCCAGAGCCUACACACGUCUUUAAUAGAAAAAGUUCAAGUUUAACCAUUCAAAUUGGCGAUAAAAAAUUCAAAACUAAUUGCAAAUAUGAAGAUUCAGCUCCCAUGAGAACCGUCACUGUAUAUGAUGCUUGGUCUGAUUUACCUGAAAUACCAAAUGGAGCUUCUGAAGAAGAAAUCUUAUACAAAUCAAAGCCCAUUACUCAUUUACAAAAAUUAUUUAGAUAUCCAGAUAAACGAUGUGCAGAAUCUGUAUUGAGUGAUCACAUAUGCAAGGACAUGUCACCUUUGGUUCAAGCUAGAAUGGAAUUGAUACCAGUAGGUGAAGGAAGUGACUGGAGAGAUCUACCCAAUACCAAAGUAAAAUUACCUGAUGGAAGUUAUACCAAUAAACUUUUAUAUACUCAUCAUGAUAUCAAAAAUGGUUAUGGUCCAAAUGGUGAAUUACGCGGUGUUUGUCAAUGCGCAAGUGGUGAAAAAUGUGAUCCGCAAGAUCGUCAAAUCGAUACAAUCAUCCCUUGGUGUUUACCACAUACCGGUAAUAGACAUAACAACUGGGCUGGUUUAUAUGGUCGUUUAGCAUGGUCAGGUUUUUGUUCAACCACUAUUACAAAUCCUGAACCAAUGGGAAAACAAGGCAGAGUAAUUCAUCCUGAGCAACACCGUGUGGUCAGUGUUAGAGAGUGUGCUCGUUCUCAAGGUUUUAAAGAUUCUUUCAUAUUUCAUGGACCAAUCAUCAACAAACACAGACAGAUCGGUAAUGCAGUUCCUCCGCCCAUGGGUACAGCUAUUGGUCAUGAAAUAAUCAAAGCUAUUUUUCAAAACCAUGAUCUGUAAUUAUUAUAGUUGUAUUAUUUACAUUUUUAUUUCAUAGUUUUUUUUU